UUCCACAGAGCAGUUUGCACUCUGUUGUCCAGCUAGUUGUGCCUUCCAUGUGCAACCUGAAGUGCUUCUGACUGCAGAGUUACAAUACCAUCUACUGGACGGAGUUCUAAGACAAGCCACUCAGAAAGAUGAUUCAAAUAUGAAUGUGAGCAAAGAUGUCAGUGAAGAACAUCUUCUCCUUGAGCAGCAGGAGUGGAACUCCAGGAUGGAGCAGGAGGAGCCACAGGCCACCCACAUUAAGGAGGAAGAGGAGGAGCUACAGCCCUCCAACUUUAAAGAGGAGGAGGAUUACAGAAUCUGUCAGGAGGGAGAGCAUCUUGAAGGACUGGAAGAGUUCCCUGUGAUUGCUGUUCUUGUGAAGAGUCAAGAUGAUGAAGACAAAGGUGAAACUGAGGAGAAGAGAGAGGUGGAGCCUCCAAGCAGCAGUUCCACUCAUCACAUGACAACAGAAGCUAAUGGAAACCACUGUGGAGGAUCACAAGCAGACAAGCUCUUGGCUCCACUAUCAGAUAGUGACGACACGCCACACUCUGCUGACACUGAUGAUGAAGACUCUGAAGCUGAUAUGACAUGUCACCCUGACAACACACGCUGGAAAUGCACACAAUGUGACAAAACUUUUGUUAACAAGGGAUAUCUGAAAACACACAUGAGACGUCACACAGGAGAGAAACCUUAUGCCUGCUCAGUUUGUGGUAAAAGAUUCUCUCAGCAGUCACAUUUGAAGGUGCAUGCAAGAAUACACACUGGAGAGAAACCCUUUCCUUGCACUGUGUGUGGUAAAAGAUUUUCUGAUCAGUCAAAUUUGAUAGUACACACAAGAAUACACACUGGAGAGAAACCUUUUUCCUGCACAGUUUGUGAUAAAAGAUUUGCUCGGAAGUCACAUUUGAAAGCACACACAAGAACACACACUUGAGGAAAAAAAAACCCUUCCCUCUUCAAUGUGUGGUCAUCGUGUCACAAAAACUUGACUAACACAAGCCUUGACUGAAGACAGAAGAAUCCACCCUGGGGAGUAACUUGAAAGCUUUUUGAAAGUACACAAUAAGGGAAGUACGAAUAAGCAAAACAGUAUUACUGUUUUAAAAGCUAAAGUUGUGCAAAAAAAACCGACUUUCAACGUUGCUGACAUGAUGAAAUGUUUGCAAUGCUUGUUUCAUCUGUCACAUCUAUGAACACACUUUUUAUUUUACACUUAACAAUUAUACAUUUAACCCUCACUCAAAGAACCACACAAAAAGGGUUUGCAUUCGAUACCUGGCCAGGGUUACGGCAGGAAGGGCAUCCGGUGUAAAAAUCUAAAAUCAAUUAGCUAGAAUGAUAUAAUACAGUGGUAAGCAAAAAUAUGUGAUCCUUUCGGAAUUUCAUGGUUUUCUGGAUUAAUUGGGCAUAAAAUGUGAUCUGCUCUUCAUUUUAUUCAAGGUUAUGUUUUAUUAUUAUCGGCUCGUAAACCACCUAGAGCCACACUCCUGCAUACACUGAUAGUUGACAUAAGCUUUACUACUGAUUUAUGGAUGUGUGUUGUUGGCCCUGUUAGCUUGCUAGGUCUAACAGCACAGUGGCUGGAUAAGGACUUCAG